AUGCCAACAGAUAAAGCUAAAGAAUCAGCAGCUAUUGCUGCCGUUGAUGAACAUAUUAAUGCUAAUGUUCAUAUUAUUGGUAUUGGAUCAGGUUCAACAAUUGUUCCAGCAGUAAAAAAGAUUGCGGAAAUGGUUAAAAAAGACAAACUUGAUUUAAUUUGUGUUCCAACUUCAUUACAAGCUCGUGAACUUAUUCUUUCUAAUGGCUUAAAAUUGGGUAGUCUUAUUGAAUAUCAAGAACUUGAUCUUGCUAUUGAUGGUGCGGAUGAAGUCGAUGAACAAUUUAAUUGUAUUAAAGGUGGGGGUGGAUGUCAAACUCAAGAAAAACUUGUAGCCAUAUGUGCAAAAAAAUUUAUUGUUGUAGCUGAUGAAAAGAAAUGGUCGAAAAAUUUAGGUGAUCAAUGGAAGAAAGGAAUUCCAAUUGAAGUUCUACCAAUCGCAUAUAAAAUAACAAAAAAAGAAAUUGAAAAACAACUUGGUGGUGAAGUUGUUGUUCGUGAAGGAACAGAGAAAUUAGGUCCAGUAUUAACUGAUCAAGCAAAUUUUAUUCUUGAUUGGAAAUUUGAUUCUUCAAAAGUUUCAAAUUGGUCAGAUAUUAAUACUAAAUUAAAACUGAUACCUGGUGUCGUCGAAACCGGUUUAUUCAUAAAUAUGAUUUCUAAAGCAUAUUUUGGUAACAGUGAAGGCAAAGUUCAAGUCAAAACAAACUCGUCAAUAUCUUCAUAA